UACAAAAUGCUCUUCAAGUCCAUCUUCGCUACCGCCGUGCUGUUCGCAGCCUCCUCUAUUGCCCUCCCCACCGACCUCGAAGCCCGCCAGCAAGCAACCACCUGCGGCAGCACCUCCUACAGCGCCUCGCAGGUCAGCGCUGCCGUCAAAGCAGGCUACGGCGACUACCAAGCCGGCCGCACCUACGGCAGCAACUCGUACNCCCACAAAUACAACAACUACGAGGGCUUUGACUUUCCCGUUGCUGGUCCUUACGAGGAGUUCCCCUUGAAGACCAGCGGCACUUUCACCGGUGGCUCUCCUGGCGCCGACAGAGUCAUUUUCAACACCAAAGGCCAAUGGGCCGGCACCGUCACCCACACCGGAGCCUCUGGAAACGACUUUGUUGGCUGCUCUGGUACCAGCUAG